GAGACGGGCGUCUUUGAGAUUUUUCGAAUUUAUUAAAUCUACUUUAAUACAAUUUAAUUUUAUUCAAUUUACCACUGGCAUUUCCUCCGCGAGUGCAUUACAGUGAGUUGUUAAGAGACUUUUGUGUGAGAUUUCUUCACUUCUUGAAUAUUUUCUGCUGAUUUUUUUUAUUCUUCGUCUUUGAAACUAUUUUUUUUUUCAGUGGUGUUUGUGCUACAUUUUGCGCAGUUUUUUCCUAUCAAACGUCUUCAAUACACUACAAAACGAUCAACAAAUUUUAAUCAAAAGAGAUUCUUUCAUGAGAAUUUAGUGGAAAUUUUUUACCAACAAGAAAUCCCUUUUUUUGUGCCAAUUUAGUUUUUUUUUUAAAGUGAAUUUCAAGGUGUUUAGGGAUUUUUUUCGGAGCACGACUGGGAAACCCUCUUGUGUAAUUUUUUUCUUCCCAACAAGAGACAAUCCUCCACGGUCAAGUGGGAUACUUUGGGGUGUGCUUCAAGGAGGCACAAGGAAGGAAUCUUCAGGAGGAAGGAGCAGGGGAAGAAAAGGGUCCCUUUUGAAGCACAUAAAGCGUGCACAAAAACCACCAGGAGGGGUGCUAAAAUCGUUGGCAUAGUCGAAAUAGCAGAAGGACAAAAAAAGAAGGGAGAGGAGCCCCAUCAAAAUGCCAUCUAGAGAAUUGAGCGAUCCCCCGAAUGGAGAGGCAAGUCGUGACGAGCAUGCAACGGAAGUUAUGCCCCCAUUCUCGCCCCAUGAGAAUCUCCGCAUCAUCAAGAACGUGAUAAUAUUAGGUUUCGCAUUUAUGGUGCACUUUACAGCAUUCCAUGGCACGUCGAAUUUGCAGAGCUCAGUCAAUUCGGACGCCUCCCUCGGUACCUUCACAUUGGCUGCCAUCUACGGGUCCCUCAUCCUUUCCAACAUCUUCCUGCCAGCAGCUGUUAUUAGAUGGUUGGGAUGCAAAUGGACCAUUGCUUUCUCCUUCAUUGCCUACAUGCCGUUUAUUGCGAGCCAAUUCUACCCACGUGCCUAUACCCUCCUCCCAGCUGGGCUGGCGGUUGGUUUUGGCGGUGGCCCUCUGUGGUGUGCCAAGUGUACGUACCUCACCGUCGUGGCGGAGUCCUUCACGCGCUUUGGUGGCAAUCGCGAGAAGACUGAGGUGGCCGUCGUGCGCUUCUUUGGGCUCUUCUUCGUCUUCUACCAAAUGGCCCAGGUGUGGGGCAACUUAAUUUCAUCCUCAGUCUUGAGUCACUUGACGGGGGAUUCCGGGGGCACAUCCAUCGCACCUAAUUCAUCUGAGCACCUCCGUGACGUGUCGGCAAUUUGCGGCAGUAACUUCUGCCCCAGCACCGUGAGCGCCAUGGAGAAUGCCAAUCUACGUCCACCUGAGCCACGGCACAUCCACAUCCUCUCCGGCAUUUUCUUGGGGUGCAUGAUAGCAGCUUGCCUGGCGGUGACGUUUGGAGUGGAUUCCCUGACGAGAUACGAAAAGAAGCGUCGUGGUGCCGCAGCGGGAUUGUCAGGCUUCAAACUCCUUGCUGUGACACUGAGACAGCUCAAGGAGCGCUACCAGAUUCUUCUGUUGCCAAUAACAGCCUUCAUUGGAGCGGAGCAAGCUUUUAUCGCAGUGGACUUUACGGCGUCUUUUGUGGCAUGUGGGUGGGGUAUCUCAAAGAUUGGGUAUGCGAUGAUUUUCUUCGGAGUGGCAAAUGCAGUGGGUUCCGCUCUUGCUGGUGCUCUCACCAAACUCACCGGACGCCUCCCUGUGCUCAUGGGGAAUCUCCUCCUGCACACCAUCCUCAUCAUUUGGAUGCAACUGUGGCAUCCGACUCCCUCCGCGGGAUUCGUUUACUGUACCAUGGCAGCACUGUGGGGUCUUGCUGAUGGUGUGUGGCUGGUUCAAGUGAAUGCUCUCAGUGGGAUACUUUUUCCGGGAAAAGAAGAAGCGGCUUUUAGCAAUUUUCGCCUUUGGGAAGCAACUGGAUCAGUUGUGACGUACACCCUCAGCCCCUACCUCUGUUCCCGAACGAAGCUUUACAUCCUCCUUGUUCUUAUGUUUGUCGGAAUGUCGGGCUUUGCGAGCAUCGAAGUGAUGGAGAGGAAGCAAAAAAAGAAUCCACCCAAUGAGAAAGCUUUCGAAUUGGUGGCAGCAAAUGAUGAAAAUGAGAAAAUUUAGUGAAAAAUUGUAAAUUUUGUUCAAGAAAAUACAAGAAAAUCAAUAAAAGUUGAAAAAAA